AUGGUGGCUGCUCAUGGACACCACAUGAAGCGACAUGAUACAAGAGAAAACGUUACAUCGAAGAGCCUAAAGGUCGUACAAGUAACUGAUCCAGUGACAACGGUCUACAACGAACGCACGUUGCUGGUUGCUAAACCAGAAGAAGAAGAAGUCUAUCCUUUGCCAUGGUUCCGUAGUCCCGAUUGGACUAAACAUGUGCCAUUAGCGACAAGGAAUUCUACACGUCCUCAUCUAGAAGACGAAAGAAAGAGAAUCUCAGUCUGUCCAGCUACAUUACCAUGUUGUUAUAACUCAACAGCAUCAGACGGAGAUUCUGAGUCUGAUAUGGAACUGGGAUAUCUCAUUCGAAGACCCGUGAACGCACAUGACGAGGAGAAUGAAACCGAUAGUUUUAAACAGUGCAUUCAAUUCCUUGUGGGAUUGAUUGUGCUUAUGGCCAUGGCAUUGGUCUUGCUUAUUAUCUUUAAACAACAGCCUGAUGACUUGCGUUGA